GGAAGUACGAUUUCGGUCAGACAGGCGCUGUCACUGUUUGUGGCGUGUCAUUGCAGGGAAGUGUUGUGAACAUGGUGGGUGUCUGGUAUCAGACGGCUGCUGCUAACAUGCUCCGUUUGGACCACUGACCCUGUCGCCACGUUGGUACCAUCCCAUGCAGCCAGCUAUAAAUUCUAUGGCCUGAUCCGUCUGGAGGAUGGGGAAUAUGAUGCGAGGUGGCAGCACCAAGGAUAAAAUCAAUGAAGAAAACCUUGAUGAUCGGAAAGACGAUGACAUCGUGGUGGUGCUGGAGGACUACCCUUCGGCUGAAAUCAGUGAGCCCAUCUACAAAAUGGGGGAGAAGCUCAGAGUCAUCGCGCAAGAGGCGUACUGGUGGAAAGUUUGCUCUUUUGCGACUGGGAAGGAGAACUAUAUACCUGGCAGCCACGUGGCAAAAGUUUACCAUGGAUGGCUGUUUGAAGGACUGGAGAGAAAGAAGGCGGAGGAGCUGCUUCUACUACCUGAGAACAGGGUGGGCUCUUUUCUGGUGAGGGAGAGCUCUUCAGAAAGAGGUAUAUAUUCCCUCUCGGUAAAGCACAGGAUGAUAAAGCACUAUCGUAUCUUCAGACUGGACAACAGCUGGUACUACAUCUCCCCGAGUCUCACCUUCCAGUGUCUUGAAGAUAUGAUUAACCAUUAUUCAGACUCAGCAGAUGGGCUGUGCUGUACGCUAACAACUCCCUGUCUGUCGGGUAGGAAUAUAAGUUCUGGGACUCCACCUAUUGUCAUGCGACGCAACUUCGACUGGAAGAAAGUGGACAGUAAACAACUGCUGGACAACAGCAAUGAAAGCAUUGUGAGCUACGGAGUCAGGAACAGCAUCGCUGCGUAUCUGUCCUUCACAGACCUGGAAGACUCCUCGCAGAGAUUGGAACGAAGGAAGAAAAAGUGCAAAUCUGUGAACAUAAACCCUGCAAUGGGCCGCGGAAACACUGAAUGGGAGGACUUCUAGAGACCCGUAAAUGUUGGAGCUGCACUGAUGUCUGCUUAAAAACCCCUUAAAACCUGCCGUCGCAAUGACCUCACACUUGUCAGAGUAGAAAUCCAGGUGUGUGUACCGGGAGCACUUUGAAGUAUUGUAACAAUAAUUGCUUAGCAUUAUGAGAGUGCAAUUGUAGCACUGUUUAAGCACAUGCUAAAAUAUGCAAAAAGUAGAGCUUUGCAACUGUGUAAGAUGUUAAACUAUUAUAUAUAUAUAUAUAUAUAUAUGUCUAUGUUGUUUUGCAUUCUACUGCCUUUCAAAAAUACUCUGUUGUUGAUAAAUGUUGCUAACUGGUCAUAACUUAAAGAAAGCUGAUUGUCGGCCAUGCUUUAUUUUUAUUAAUUUUUCUUUUUUUUUGGUCGGGGGGUCAAUCAAGCCUUUUAAUAACAAACAAAUUCAUUAAAAAGCAAAAA